UUAACUGUUACACAAGAGUGUAUAACCCUCAGGCAGACAACUCAACCCAGUUUAACAGGAUGAAUAUCACUGGAUAUCCUGUUCACACCACGGCAAGCACACAUUUUGCAGACGCAUUUGAAGUAACCACAUAUGACUACAAUAACUAUGACGAUGGCGUUUGCAAGUACAAUGCACACGGAGCCAGCUUCCUGCCAGUGCUGUACUCUCUCUUCUUCAUCCUGGGGUUUCUGGGGAAUGUUCUGGUCCUGUGGGUCAUCCUGCUGAGGGUGAGACUACGUAGCAUGACCGACGUGUGUCUCCUGAACCUGGCCUUGGCUGACCUGCUCCUGGUCUGCUCCUUGCCUUUCCUGGCCCACCACGCUAGACACCAGUGGGUGUUUGGUGACGUCAUGUGCAAAGUGGUCCUCAGCGCCUACCACGUUGGCUUCUACAGUGGCAUCUUCUUCAUCACCCUGAUGAGUGUGGACAGGUACCUGGCCAUAGUCCAUGCUGUGUACGCCAUGAGAGCCAGAACACGGAAGUACGGGGCCAUCGCUGCCGUCGUGACCUGGCUGGCUGGAUUCCUGGCCUCGUUUCCUGAGGCACUGUUUCUUAAAGUGGAGAAAAACAACGAGAAAGAAAAUUGUCGCCCCGUCUAUGAUGGACACUCUUGGGGAAUUUUUGCCCUUUUCAAAAGGAUCAUAUUUGGUCUGCUAAUCCCCCUCAUCAUCAUGGGGUUCUGCUACACACAGAUAGUGAGAAGGCUGCUCAGUGCUCCAUCCUCCAAAAAGCAGGCCAUCAGACUCAUUCUCAUUGUGGUUGUGGUGUUUUUCUGCUGCUGGACUCCGUACAACAUGACAUCAUUUUUCAAGGCCUUGGAGUUAAGUGAGGUCUACUCAAGCUGUGAGAGUAGCAAAGCCAUCAGACUCACUCUACAGAUCACAGAGGCCAUGGCUUACUCCCAUAGCUGCCUGAAUCCCAUCCUCUAUGUGUUUGUGGGGCAGAAGUUUAGAAGGCCUCUCAUAAGACUGAUAAACAAGGCUCCCUGCAGGAUGUGUCAGUUCAUGAAGAACUACCUGCCCCGGGACUUCAGAGUCUCGAGGACAGGAUCUAUUUACUCACAGACCACUAGCAUGGAUGAGAGGUCUACUGCCGUGGGAACAGCAACUUAACUGUAAAGACAAAUACAUCUGACAUCACAUGUAGUGUUCAUUCCAAUACAUAUGUAAAUACCAAAUCCAGUGUCAAAUACAAUCAUCCGAAAAUAAUAUGCUCUGAUCCAGGUGCAUGGCGAAGUCAGGAAAUUGUCGCUCAUCUCAGAGUUUCCCAUCAGGGCGUUGAUUUUUACAGAAAUCAACCCAAUCACUAUAAAUUCCACAAACCAUUUAAUUUCCCUUUGUAUAGCAUUUUGUCUAGUACAGUAUGUCUAUUUGAAUGUUUGUUUGAAGUUUUUGGCACAUUUUGCAAAGUUAUCUUUUCUUUUAAAAUAUAUUAUAAAUCUGCUAGCACACAUACGUAAAUACAGUAAUACUUUUUGGUUCUAUGUCAACAAAUGUAUUACAGUAACUUCAUCCCCUCCUGCAUGAGGCAAAUUAUUCAAAUUAAGGUACUUCCAAGAUAAUGUAAUCAAGAUUUACUCAGUGACCUGGAUGUUUUCUCUAUGUUCCCAUGUGUCAGUGCUAGAGAAUAUGUGAAUGAUGGUGCCACCACAGACCAAUAUCUCUUACUCCUGUUAGCAACCUAUCUCACCACAAAGAGUGACACUGCUGGUGCCUUACAAUGUGUACACAAAAUGUCAUCCUAAUGUGAUUCACUGCAGUACUGUAACAUGUUUUAUAUUGAUCAUUAUAAUCGGGAUGCAGAAGACAUUUAGAUUAUAACACAUUCGUCUGCUUUACCUGCUAUGAUAUUAAAUACUUUAAACAGCGCUCUGCACAGAAGCACACACCAACCUUAAACCAACCUUUUUUUAUUGAAGUGAGCCAGUAAAUACCUACAGUAAAACAAUACAGGGCUGGCUCUAGCAUUUUGGGGGCCCUAAGUGAGAUUUAGUUGGAGGGCCCCAAACCUCACAACAAAACAUUUUAGUGGCCCCAAAAACAUGGAGCCAUUUUUUCUAGUUUUAAAGUUAAUUUCAUGCAAUUCUACACAUUCUGCCAUGGUGUGUGAAGAAAAUGUUGCAAGUUCUGCUAUUUUGCCAUUGGGCAGAGAGAAAACGUUGCAAUUUUAUAACACAUUUCUUGAAAUUCUACUCACUUUGCCAUGGGGAAGAGAGAAGAAAAGUGCAUUCUAAAGCAAAUUUCCUGCAAUUCUACACAUUUUGUAAGGACUUAUGCCAUGCUAAUAUGAUAUCUGAGUGAGAAUAACUAAGAAAACCUAUGGGGGCCCCCUGGAGGUCAGAGCCCCUGGGCAAGUGCCCUGCAUGCCCGGUCGGUAUUCGGCCAUGAUUUCUACAAGUUUAGAUAGCUGGCUAGACUAACUAUCCAAAAAUUGGUAGCUGACAUGGCUAAUUGAGUGAUUGUCAGUGAUUGACAUAACAAGAGAAAAACUGCUGAUGCCUAACCAAAUUUCAAAAUUGUACCUGCUGUAUUCUUACGCUCAAUAUUAAGUUGAGACCAGAGUUCCUAAACCAUAUAUAUAUAUAUAUAUACACUGCUCAAAAAAAUAAAGGGAACACUUA